AUGGAGAAAGACAUGGAGAAAGCAACGUCCAGCCCCGUCGUGCAAGACAUUGCCGAGGGCCAGGCUGAACCGAACCAAUCCCUCAAGCAUCCCAUCCUCCAAAAACUCGCCUCAUGGGGCGUCGAAUUGCACGGCGUUACUCCGGUGGCCGUGGAAGAGAGGACCAACACCCGCUACAUCAAUAUUUUCUUCGUCUGGUUCACAAUGAGCAUCAACCUACUCCCCAUCGUUACAGGCAUGGUGGGAACCUUGAGCUUCGGUCUUAGUCUGCGCGACACGUCUCUGCUCAUCAUCUUCUUCAGUCUCUUUUGCACCAUCUUCCCAGCAUAUUUCUGUACACUGGGUGCAAGGACUGGGUUGCGGCAGAUGCUUCAUGCACGGUAUACGUUUGGCUACUAUCUCGUCUCCAUUAUCGUGCUUCUCAACCUCGCAACUAUCGGCGGGUUUGGAGUGAUUGACGCCGUCGUUGGCGGUUCAACGCUGUCCGCAGUAUCGAACGGCAACAUGAAUGCCACCGCAGGCAUUGUCAUUAUCGCUGUGCUCGCCCUAGUGGUCUCUUUCGCCGGAUACAAAGCUCUCCAUCAAUAUGAACGCUACGCCUGGCUGCCGGCAUUGAUCGCCAUCGUAAUUGCCACUGGAUGCGGUGGCAAGCAUCUCUCCAACCAGGUGGAGACGGCGUCUCCCACGGCGGCAACAGUCAUCUCUUUUGGAGGGGUUAUCGCUGGCUACAUGAUUCCCUGGGCGGCAAUGGCAUCUGAUUUUGCAGUUUACUGCCAUCCCAGCGUCACAACGGCACGAAUCUUCUGGUAUUCUUACGCCGGCCUGCUUGUCCCCAGCAUUCCUUUGAUGAUCCUUGGGGCAGCGAUCGGCGGAGCUGUUCCCAAUGUACCCUCAUGGAGCGAGGGUUAUGACAAGUAUUCUGCAGGCGGUGUGCUCGAGGCCAUGCUCAUGCCAGCUGGAGGCUUUGGCAAAUUCGUCGCCGUCAUCCUGUCUUUCUCACUGCUUGGGAACAUUGCGGCAGCGGUGUACUCGGUCACGCUGAACUGCCAACUCCUCAUGCCCUUUUUGGUCCGUGUUCCACGCGCCGCGUUCGCCAUCGUCUACACGGCGGUUUGCAUUCCGCUGUCGAUUUACGCGGCCAAAAACUUCUUUGCGAGUCUCGAGAACUUUAUCUAUGUCAUCGCAUACUGGUCGGCGGAUUUUGUCUCAGUGGUUGGCGUGGAGCAUUUUGUUUUCCGCAAGGCCGACUGCACGACUUACGACCAUGCCAUCUGGGAUGUUCCUAGCAAGCUCCCUUCCGGAAUACCUGCAAUAGGUGCCAUUUGCCUUUCAUUUGGGCUCAUUAUUCCGUGUAUGGGACAGGUAUGGUAUACUGGCCCUCUCGCAGAGAAGUCUGGUGAUAUUGGGUUUGAAGUAGGGUUGUGUCUCAGCGCUGUCCUGUACAUUCCGUUUCGGUGGGCGGAAAUCCGGUAUCGCAAGCAGUUGUGA